AAGCGAAAACUUUUUCUGGCGAAGAUAUCAAUAACUUUUUAACUAAAGCAUCUGAUGAUAAAUACCUAGCAACAAAGGUUGCUUUAAUAAUGGGAGUAAUGGGUGCAUGCAGAAGUAAUGAGUUGUAUGAAAUGAAAAUAAGCCAUUUACAAGAUUUUGGAUCAGCUUUUUUGGUUAAUGUGCCAAAUACUAAGACAAAAAUUUGCCGAAAAUUUACUGUUACGGAUAACUUUUACAAAAUAUGCAAGACAUAUAUAAGUCUUCGACCAAGUCAUGUAACCAGUGACACAUUCUUUUUAAAUUUCCAAAAUGGUAAAUGUACAACUCAGAGAAUUGGGAUAAACAAAUUUACAAAAAUGGGAAAGGAUAUCGCUGCUUUCCUCAAAUUGCCGAAUCCAGAACAAUAUUCUGGGCACAGUUUCCGCAGAUCUUCUGCAACAAUACUGGUUGACGCAGGCGGGGAUAUUACUGCUCUCAAAAGACACGGUGGAUGGAAGUCCACCGCCGUAGCAGAAGGCUACAUAGACGAAUCCGUCAAAAAUAAAACCAAUACGGCCAACAAAAUAUCAUCUUCAAUUCAACCAAAACUAAACCAAACGAAUUCAAAUGUUUCAAGUCACCAAAACAUUAGUUUUGAUGUUAAUUCUAUCCCUCCGAUUAACUUCACCAAUUGUUCAAAUAUUACAAUUAUUAAUAACAUAAACUAAACUUCACCUUGUGAAUA